AUGACAGAGGAAAUUAAGUUAAAUUCAUCAAAGUUAGGCACUCAAGAGUAUUGGAACGAAUUUUACAAAAAGGAGUUGCAAAAUUUUCAAAGUAAUAGCGAUGAUACAGGUGAAUGCUGGUUUGAUGACUCAGAUGCAGAGUCUAAGAUGAUACAAUUCAUAGUUGACAAGAUAGAGGGGGGUGAAUUACUAAAUGGUGUUCUGUUUCUUGAUUUGGGAACCGGGAAUGGUCAUCUACUUUUUGAGUUGCUGCAAGAGUUGAAAGAUGUCGACAAGAGCUUUACCUUUCAUGGAAUUGAUUAUUCAGCGGAGUCGAUUGAAUUCGCUAAAAACAUCGCAAAUACAAAAUUCCCUGAUGUUUCGUUUAAAUUUGAUCAAGUUGAUUUAUUAAGUGAUACACCGUUUCUAAAAAAUAAAUUUGAUGUGCUAUUGGAUAAGGGGACACUAGAUGCAAUUGCUUUGAAUCAAGAUCUCGUAGAUGGAAAAAGAGGGAUGGACAUAUAUGCUAUCCAGGUAUCAAAAAUGAUGGAAAAGGGCUCUAUUCUUUUGGUAACCUCCUGCAACUUCACGGAGAACGAGCUUGUCAAAAUCAUUACAUCAGGAACCGAACUUAAGAAGUGGGAUCAAAUUCAAUACCCAAGCUUCCAAUUUGGUGGUGUACAAGGCUCAACAGUUGUAAGUAUUGCAUUUAUUAAAUAG